AGGUUAACGGCGAUGCGGCUAAACCCUGGCCAGUUCAGGCCAAUUUUUGCAUUCGCGAGCAUCAUUUGCUUUGCCCUGUGGGUUCUUCUUGUCCACUGCGCUCGCCAAGGGACUCCCUCGAUCGGCCUUGCGCCUCGUGAUGAUAGCUCGAACAUAUCCAUAAUGGAUGCUAUAUACAACGAGACACUCGGUUUCACUCUUCCCGAGCGCACCGACAAACGAGAUGCCCUCAGCCUCAGCUCAGCCCUUACAGGGUUCAAAAUCACCUGGCAGGAUGGCGUCAAAGGCGAGACCAUACCCGACACAGCCUUACCAGUUGGCUGGAACCGCAAAGGCGGCGCAAAAGACACGAAUUUAGGAUCCUGGAGGGGCCACGCCAAUGCAAUGAGACGUAUAAUCGACGAUAAUCUACCGUCGGCACUGAUCGUCGAGGAUGACCUUUAUAGGUUCGCACUGGCGGCAAGAGAACUGCAGACUGAGGGAAGCUGGCUUCACGAGGAUCCGUAUCUUCACAAGAAUAAUCCCAAUCCUGUGACGCAAUCCCCGUAUGGCCGACAUUGGGAUCUGCUCUGGCUCGGAUCAUGCCAGGCCUCUUUCAAUGCGGAUCUGCCAGAAGACCUAUCGAUUCCCAAAGACCAACAAGACAAUCGCCAAGUAUUGAUAGAAAACGAUGACACAGUGCCCUCGCAGAAACACCGAUCAGGAAAUAACCGCUUCGAAUGGGACGCAUAUCCGAACAACACGCGCAUCGUAUAUGUCCAAGGUGAUCACAUUUGCACCUACGCCUAUGCGCUGACACAGCUAGGUGCGAGAAGGGCGUUGGAAUACAUGUCGCUCAGAGGCCAGCACAAGAACUUCGAUCACCACUUGAGUGAUCUUUGCCACACGAUGGGAAAUGGAAUGCGGUGUAUUGGGAUUGUGCCGAGCUUGUUUGUGCAUCAUCGUCCGAGAGGGCUGGAUAUUGGAUAUGGUACCACAGUUGGCGCUGCGAGUCCUGCUUUUAGGGAGACUGGCAGUACAAAUGGUAUCUUGUAUAGUACGAGAUUGAAUUUGCAGAGGUUGCUUAGGAGUGAGAAGCCAGAGAUGCAGUGGGAUGAUUAGCGAGGGGAGUUGCUCAACUGUCCACCUGGAGCAAGUUACGAAAACCGAA